AUGGUCCCCAUGGCACUACAAAAUCCAGAAACUACCUUUGAAGUGUAUGCUGAAGUAAUCUGUUCAGGAACCAGUUGCACUGGAAAAGAUCCUGAGGUGCGGAGGCAAUUCCCAGAGGACUACAGUGACCAGGAAGUUCUACAGACUUUGACCAAGUUUUGUUUCCCCUUCUAUGUGGACAGCCAUGCAGUUAGCCAAGUUGGCCAGAACUUUACGUUUGUGCUUACAGACAUUGACAGCAAACAGAGGUUUGGAUUCUGCCGCUUAUCUUCUGGGACCAAGAGCUGCUUCUGUAUCUUAAGUUACCUCCCAUGGUUUGAAGUGUUUUACAAGCUGCUCAAUGUCUUGGCAGAUUAUUCAGCAAAAGGACAGGAUAGUCAAAGGAAUGAGCUCCUAGAAACACUUCAUAAACUUAACAUCCCUGAGCCAGGAACCUCUGUUCAUCUCGGAGUGCACUCUUACUUUACUGUGCCUGACAUCAGAGAACUUCCUAGUAUACCUGAAAAUAGAAAUCUAACAGAGUAUUUUGUAGCAGUUGAUGUCAACAACAUGCUGCAUCUCUAUGCCAGUAUGCUGUAUGAACGCCGCAUCCUCAUUUGUUGUAGUAAGCUGAGCACUUUAACUGCCUGCAUUCAUGGGUCUGCAGCUAUGCUCUACCCAAUGUUCUGGCAACAUGUUUACAUUCCUGUUCUGCCCCCACAUCUACUGGACUACUGCUGUGCCCCAAUGCCCUACCUCAUUGGAAUACAUUUAAGUUUGAUGGAGAAAGUGAGAAACAUGGCCCUGGAAGAUGUCGUGAUUCUCAAUGUAGACACCAACACACUGGAAACCCCCUUUGAUGAUCUUCAGAGCCUUCCCAAUGAUGUGGUUUCUGCACUGAAGAACAGGUUGAAGAAAGUCUCAACAACCACUGGAGAUGGUGUUGCGAGAGCUUUCCUAAAAGCACAAGCAUCCUUCUUCGGGAGCUACAGAAACGCACUGAAAAUUGAACCUGGUGAGCCCAUCACCUUCUGCGAGGAGGCGUUCGUGUCGCACCGCUCCGCCGCCACGCGGCAGUUCCUGCAGAACGCCAUCCAGCUGCAGCUCUUCAAGCAGUUCAUUGAUGGCCGCCUGGAUCUUCUUAACUCUGGAGAGGGCUUCAGUGAUGUCUUCGAAGAAGAGAUAAAUAUGGGAGAAUAUGCUGGCAGUGACAAAUUGUACCUCCAGUGGCUCUCCACAGUAAGGAAAGGAAGUGGAGCCAUUCUAAAUACAGUAAAGACCAAGGCUAACCCUGCCAUGAAGACUGUCUAUAAAUUUGCAAAAGAUCAUGCAAAAAUGGGAAUAAAAGAAGUGAAAAACCGCUUGAAGCAAAAGGACAUCGCAGAGAACGGCUGCUCUGCGGCACCUGAAGAGGCUCUGCCACGGCCAGCACCUUCUCCUGCCGUUGAAAAGAAGGACCCUAGGUUAAGGGAAGAUAGAAGACCCAUCACAGUGCAUUUUGGGCAG